ACGACCCAAACACGCACACAUAAACACACAAAACAACAACCACAGAGGCAGAGGCGGCCAGUCUGUACCAUCGCUCCCUGAUGAAAUAACACAGCUGGGCACUGUGUGGACGUUUUUGGAGCAGGAUACCUUGUGGGGCUCAGCAAGACUGAGAAGGUCAGACAGAAAAGCUGCUUAGACUUCUCUGCCAGCAUGCUCCGGCAGUCUCUCAGCCUCCUGAAACAGUUUGGCUCUGCGGCAAAGUCACACGAUGCCACUGAACUUCUACAUGAGGACCUGGUUUUGGUGGAGCAGCGGGUGGAACCAGCCAAGAAGGCGGCUCAGGUCCUUUACAAGAAGCUGCAGGGCUGCAUGCAGAGUCAGCAGGGGCUGGAGGCUGAAAAACGAAUGAAAAAGCUCCCUCUGAUGCUGCUGUCCAUCAGCAUGGCGGAGAGCCUCAAGGAUUUUGACGCAGAAUCCUCUAUCAGGAGGGUGUUGGAGAUGUGCUGCUUCAUGGAGAAGAUGCUGGCGAGCAUGCUGGCAGACUUUGAGAUGAAAGUUGAGAAGGCAGUUCUGGAGCCACUCAACAAGCUCAGUGAGGAUGAUUUACCAGAGAUUCUCAAGAACAAGAAGCAGUUUGCAAAGCUCACAACAGACUGGAACAACGCAAGAAUCAGGAGCCAAGCUAGCACUGGUGCCCAGGCAAAGCAGGAUGGGCUCAGGGAGGAAGUGGAAGAAGCUUGGCGGAAGUUGGAGAGCAUCAAGGACCAGUACUCUGCAGAUCUGUAUCACUUUGCAACUAAGGAAGAAGACUACGCCAACUACUUCAUCCGUCUUCUCGAGCUGCAAGCAGAAUACCACAAAAAUUCUCACGAGUUCCUGGACAAAAACAUAAGUGAGCUCAAAGAGAAUCACAGUCAAAAAGGGCCACCGCUAAGCCUAUCUAACCAGAAGGUCUACGGGGAGCCUUUGCUCUCUCAUCUGUCUCAAAGCAACAAAGAAAUUGCUGCGCCCAUCCAGGAGUGUAUUCACAUGCUGCUGAGAACGGGCAUGAGAGAGGAGGGUCUUUUUCGUCUGGCAGCAGCAGCCUCAGUGGUGAAGAGGCUGAAGACUUGUUUGGAUCAAGAAACGGUUGACCACAGCGAGUUCAGCAUGGACCCACAUGCUGUGGCCGGAGCUUUGAAGUGUUACCUGCGAGAACUACCCGAACCUCUGAUGACCUUUGAACUCUACAAUGACUGGUUUAAAGCAGCAGGGGAAAAAGACCAGACAGAGAAGCUGGAGCAGUUCAGAGUACUACUGAAGAAACUGCCGCCUGAAAAUUACAACAACCUUAGGUACCUGGUCCAGUUCUUGUCACUGUUGUCUGAGAAUCAGGCUGUGAACAGGAUGACGCCCAGUAACAUUGCCAUCGUCCUGGGACCCAACCUACUCUGGCCACGAGCUGAAGGGGAAGCUGCUCUGUUUGACAUGGCGUCAGCUUCUUCAGUCCAAGUGGUGACAGUCAUUGAGCCUCUUAUUCAGUACAGCUCCAGCCUCUUCCCCGAAGCUGUAUCCUUCGAGAUCCCAGACCUUCCAGAGGUUCCGGAUGUGACCUUGCCAGCUCCUGUUGCCCAGUCUCUGAUCUCAGAAAAGGCGAAACUGAGCAGAUCAGUCUCCUCUUGUUCAUCCACAGCCUCCUCCUCCUCUUAUCACCUCCCUCUCUCAAAGACAAGCAGCACAGCCUCUCAGGACAGUGGUGGCUUCUUCCUGGUGAAAUCUGGCUCUAUAAGUCGAAGUGGCACCUCCACAUGGGCCAGCCCUGUACCUGAGACAGCGGCACCCACCCAUCAAAACACAACAUCCAGCAGCUCAUCCUCCCUCGAUCCCAGCCCCGUCACGGCCUCCAACUAUUCUGCUGCCUGUAGCUCAAUAGCAAACCAGAGCCCAUCCCCACUUCCUAAAGCAACAGGAGCACCAAACCUAGGUCAGAUCAGGAGUCCCACCCAGAAGCAGUGCUUGGAUCCAGGCCAACUGGAGCCAAUUUUGGAGGCCCCUCCAGACUCUCCCAGAGCAUUCGUAAAGAUCACCUCACCGUUUAAACCAAAAAGGUGUUACAAACUGAACAAAGAUGAACAUGCUAACGAGCAGCCGACAGUCCAGUACUCUAAACCCAGACCCGCAGCACCUCCCAAGCCCCAGGCCCCUCCACCCCCCACCACAGCCCCGGCGGCUGCGGACACAGGGACCCAACCUACACCCGCGCCCCGAACUCAGACGGCCAGCCUCAGAAAGCCUCCUGCGAAAAAGCCUGGACUCAAAGCGCCAAACUGCCCACCACCACUUCCUCCCCCAACACAGACAAAAGUGGUUUCUUCUUUAGCACAGUGAGAAAAAUGACACAUGUGCUAUUAAUUAAUUGUUUAAUUUUCUUGUUACGCCCUCUGAAAAAGUAUUUUUAGUGGUUUAACUUUACACUUGGUUCGCUGCAGUGACUCUAACACGGCUAUUCAGCCUGGUGUUAAGUUAGUCUAACAUUACAAGUUGAAGUUUAACAUUAACUUUUUUUGGUCUACCAAUUCCUGUAACCAGUAUCACUUAUUUAUUCUUUAGUUACUAAUGUCCUAUAUUUCCCAUAAUGCAAAGUAAGCGCUGGGAAGUGAGUCUUUCUGGUCAGCAACUCAAUAAAUAAAUGUUUUCAUAAAUAUGCAAAAUAAUUGUAUUCAGGUGAACUAAUUAGAAAAGUAGUGGGAAAUUGUUUUAUGAACACUGACACUGAACUGAGGUUUAUUUUCCAGUUGGUAAAUACUCCACCCAAAGUCUACUCCACAGCAGCUGUGGUGAGCGUGAAUUUCUUGUCAGGUACCACAUAUUCCAGUAGUGACAGAAAAUAACAAACUUGUUCCCACCACCCUUCAGGUCUAUAACCCUAAAUGUUCAACCUGAAAAUCUAUGUAAAUAAAUGCAUAUUCAACCUUA